AUGGCGGAGUGCAAGGACUGCAAGAGCUGGCUCGCUACAGAUGCCCACAGUGGAGAGCUGUCCUGUGUGGGGUGCGGCCUCGUCCAGCAGGAGAAGCUGACACUUGCAGAGUGCGGCCACCAGGACUUUUUCCAUGAAGGAGGGCUGCUGCAAGAAGCAUCCCUUGCAGCGGUCAGUUGGCUCACGUCGCCCACCAAAGGCCUCCCAGCACUCUGUCAGCAGACGGUGGAAACGGUGAAGCAGGGUCCCAAGGCAGGCCAAGAGCGGCGAAAGGCUGGGCGGAAGGUGCUGGAAGAGUUUGCCCAUAUCGAGAGGAUUGUCGAGCUCCUCCACCUUCCGUCCAGCGUCGCGAGCACGGCACACUCGUUCCUGACCAUCUGUCUGUCAAAGAGGUUCGAGAGGGGUACCACAAGGCAAGCAACCGUCAUAGCAUGCAUCUUUCACGCCUGCCGUGCCCACGGCGCUCCGCGCACUGCUGGCGAGCUCUCCACGGUGUCUGGAGUGCCCUCGAGCAACAUCAAACAGGCCUGCAAGAAGACAUCUCCCCACCUCACUCAAGCCCAUGCUCACAAGGACACGAGGCCAGAGGAUCUGAUGGCCAGGUGCUGUGCUGCGAUCAUGAACGAUAGGGAUCAGAAAGCUGCCAGGAAGCUCUUGCUGGAGUGCAAGAAGCUGUGUGCGGUCAGGGAGCGCCUCACGGUGUUGCAAGGGAAGACGCCAGCAACCGUUGCAGCCGUCAUAAUCUGGAAGGUUGUUCAGGAGCAGAAACUUCCCAUCAAGAAGAGGGAUGUCAGUGUUGGUUGUGGAGUAAGCGUAGGCACCCUUGUGAAGGCAGAGCAUGAGUAUGAUGCACAGGCUGCAGAGACUGCAAAGCGUGCCGGCAAUGCAGCCGCUUCAGGGGGGAACACCGUUAAAAACAUUGCCAAGAAGGGUGUCAAAGGUGCAACAAAGGCGCUCGGUGGUGGCAAGAAGAAGAGACCACGGGGUGACAUGACCGGGCUGACAUUCGUUUGCAAGGCUGUCGACUUUGGCAAUGUAGGCAGUGCUGGUAAGAUGAUUGGGCCCAUGGCCCCCAACAAAGGAGCCAAGGGAGCCAAAGGAGUCAAAGCUGGUAAGAGUGCGGGGAAGGACCGAAGAGGCCCCCGCAACACUCCAACAACAGGUCUGGUUGCAGAACGGAACCUCAAGCCGUCCAAGAGGAGAGGAACCCGCUAA